UUCCUUAUAUUUCUGUAGUUUCAUACUGGUCUUAAGUUUUGAACCACUGAACAAUAAUGAUAUAUUCAACUUUAAAGCAGUGCCCUAAAAACCAAAUGCCAAUUUCAGAAUUAUAUUUUACCCCGUUAUUUAGUGCUCAGUAUUUUGGAAGGGUCUGAAUAUUGAUAUUUAGUGAAACCCUGGAUCUGUCUGUAUGCUCUGAAUCUGACCAAAUCUAUUGCUGAUAACAGAGAUUUUGAGAUGGUAGCUUUGGCCUUUUCUUUUCUUAUGUUCUUCUCUUUUAUGUCUAUUGACAUGGGGGUUUUUCUUAUCAUCGCUUCCAGGGAGUGGAGUGGCAACUCUUUGUUUUCAUGAUUGAAUCAGCCUGUGUUAUUGGCUGGAGCAAGAUUUGUUAGAUGAGCUGGCUUCAUUGAGUUACUCUUUGCUCUGGCCUUUGAAGUGUGUCAAAUUAUUUUUUCAAGAACCUCUAACCUCAGCAAAGAAAGUAGAGCCUCUACUGAAUACUCAAUAGGAACAUGAUGUUGGUGAUACAUAUAUAAGCAACACAUCCUUUAGUCUACUUGUAAUAAUAAUAUUUUUCUUGUAAAGUCGAGUCGGUGUAGUAGAUUGACAAGUUGUAAUGACCACUUUUGUUGUGUUUCAAAAUAGCUGGCACAUUAAUUAGAUUUGUAGGAGUUUUAUCCAAUAUUGGGGGGCUGAUGCUGGUUACUAAUCUAGACAUAUUUGUAAUAUUGCCAAUGAUGUUAGUUUUUUCAAGAAGAGGCAUAUAUGAGGUAGGAUCUAUUGUAAUAUGGGGUUCCUGUUCAAGUUGUAAGUCACCAUUGUAACAUGUAAUUCCUGGUUUUUCUUAAGGGCUUUUACCUCCGUCAAUGCACAAAGGAUUCAAAGAGCUUUGUAUUUAACUUCAGUAGGGAUGAGGAGUUGCACAUUGCUGCUUCAUUCUGUGUUUUACCAAGCAGAAAAAUUUUGGGUUGGUUUGGUUCUUUCAUCUGUACAGAGUUGUAUUUAUGUUUCCUUUUACAAAGUUUUGGAGUCUACUUUGCACAAACUGUUUCUUAUGUAUUGCUGUAAAUUUUGUGGUGAUGUUUCCUCAUGUACAUGUUGUACUGUAUGUCUUGUACAGAUUAAGUGUUCUAGUCUUUUAUAAGGAUAGAUAGGGUAGCAUACGAUGUAUUGUGCCAUCCUCAUUCUUCUUUUGCAUAUUUGUAUAGGAGCAAGAUGUUGUUACUGGAGGAGUUUGUAGCCAGAUUCUUCCAUUUCAUGGUAGGAUAAAUUCUAUUUUGGUUGAUGAGAAAAGCUGUUACUUGUAAGAGUUGCACAUAAUCUGCCCGUUAGCCAGGUUCCA